UGAAACAUAACUGACAUAAAAACUGAAGUCCUCCAGUUCGCGGAUGCUAUGCGGACCUGGCAGCCCACGGGCCUUCGCGCAGCCUCCAUCCUGGCACUUUUCUCCAUCCUGGUAACUCGCAAGUUCCCGGACUAAAAACAGGAACAGCGGCAGGAUGAGUUCGACAGCAGAGGACGAGGACGCCGCCGCUUUAGAAACCGUCAAAUCUGUCACGCUCACUCAAGACAGCGAUGGCAGCAUCAUACUGCACUGUCCUCCCAACGAUGAGGACUCGGAGCCCCUCCAGAAGAAGCUGCGACUCUCCACAGAUGAGCAGGAAAACUCGGACACUGCUCAGUUCUCCGUUGUCACUUUACCGACUCAAACGAGCUCUGGACAGUUCCCCGUUCAUGCAUACAUGUCGGAGACUCAGGCAGAGAGCUUCGAGGUGACGAUGACGUCCACGGCGGACAGCGAGCUCUCUGAGGACAGCGUCACUCAGAUUCAGAUUCUGCACGAUGAUGACGACUCGCUGUCAGCCGAUCAGAAGACGGAGGUGUCGCCCGUCAGUCAGGCCUGGUUCACGACGAAAGAAGACAAAGACACGCUGGCUAACAAAGGCCAUAAGUGGAAACAGGGCAUGUGGUCUAAAGAGGAGAUCGACAUUCUUAUGAGGAACAUCGAUCACUAUGUAAAGGGCCGCGGGAUCGAGGACCCGGCAGAGAUCAUCUUUGAGAUGUCCAAAGAGGAGAGGAAGGACUUCUACCGCUCUGUGGCGUUGGGGUUAAACAGGCCGCUGUUUGCUGUCUACAGACGAGUCCUACGGAUGUACGACAACCGCAACCACGUCGGCAAGUACACUCCUGACGAGAUUGAGAAGCUAAAGGCGCUGAAGGAGAAACACGGCAACGACUGGGCGACUAUCGGAGCCGCUCUGGGUCGCAGCGCCUCCUCUGUGAAAGACCGCUGCCGGCUGAUGAAGGACACCUGCAACACAGGUAAAUGGAGCGAGGAGGAAGAGCGACGCCUCGCCGAGGUCGUGUAUGAGAUGGCGGGGGUGUCGCCGGGGUCGGCGGUCACAGGAGGCGUGUCCUGGGCGACGGUGGCCGAUCGAGUGCGCACACGCUCAGAAAAGCAGUGUCGGUCAAAAUGGCUGAACUACCUGAACUGGAAACACAGCGGAGGGACGGAGUGGACCAAGGAGGACGACUUGAACCUCAUACGCAGGAUAUCAGAGCUGGAGGUGGAAGACGAGAAUGAAAUCAAGUGGGAGGAUCUCGCAGGCGGGUGGAGCAGCGUCCGAUCACCUCAGUGGCUCCGAUCCAAGUGGUGGAGCAUCAAGAGACAAGUAGCCAAUCACAAGGAGAUCCCCUUCAGUGUCCUCCUGAAGGGCCUCCAGGAGCUCAUGGCCUCCUCACAGUCAGCAUCUGGUCCAGGCAGUCCCUCCUCCUCCUCGCUUCAGAUCCGGCUCACCCGAUUGGACGAGAGCAGCAACAGCAGCAGUCCCGCCCCCAGCUCUGUGGCCGCGCUGCAGAUUCCUGUACAGAUCCCGCUGCAGAUCACGCACCUGGCUUCAGACUCGGCAGCAGCAGCGAGCGACAGUGAAACCAUCACUCUGAACACGGGGGCCCUGCAGACCUUCGAGAUCCUGCCGUCCUUCCACCUGCAGCCCACCGGCACUCCGGGGACCUACUACCUGCAGACGACAUCCAAUCAGGGCCUUCCGCUGAGCUUAUCCAAUAACAGCACAGUUACCCUGACGACAAGUUCCUCGCCCUCGUCGCAUGAACACAUCAUCCUCCACAGCCUGUCGACCGAUGGCCUCUGCUCCAGCGACGGAGUCAUCAUCCAGACCGUCACCUCUGACCCCGCCUCCUCCUCAGACCCCCUCGGCCAGUCGCAGCUGGUGGUGGAGACGGAGACCCGGAGCCAGGACGAUCGCCUCGAUGCCACGAGUCUGCUGGAGGGAUCGGAGAGCGUCGUCACGGAAACUCAGGAGCCAAUGACAAAUGGAUUCUCUGACACUGACAAAGGCCUGAGUUCCCCCCCGGUUGAUGCUCCAGUGGUGCAUUCUGGGAUAACGUCUGGUGGCGCCGUGCUGAUUGUGUCUCCUCCAAACAUCAGCAGCACACUGACAGAUCCCAUCUUGGAAAACCAGGAAGUUUCCGACUGAGCCGGACUUCCUGCUGCAGCUGCUGCUCAGGGCAAAUCUUCCACCUGUGAAACCUCCACCCGUCGGCUCGGUGUGUCGAACUGUGAGUUAGAGCCACUCGCUCCUCUCCUGUCUCCUGUUUAACGUGGGGAUGUGAGCACUUAAAAAAACAAAGCAUUUGAAGCCCCUGGAUGAAAUGUGAACUCCUCACAGCCGCCCUGCAGUGCCAAAGAGACUCGGAAGGCUGGACACUUUAAUGUGACCGGAGCCUCGAAUCUUAAAAUCAUCGUUUUUACAUCUACGACACAAUUAUGUGGACACAGGUGCAAAUAAUGAUCAAAACAACUGUUAAAUGUGUUUUCACUGUUACCACCCCCGUUACUCCGGACACACAGAACAUGCAGUAAGCAAUAUUUAAAUAUUACACUUUUCUCUCAACUUUUUCCACUUUAUUCCAUCAUGACUGAAGCUGUAAGUGUAUCUCCCCUCCCAGUGUUCACCGUUUAUUUAUUUCUGUCUAUUAAAAAAAAGCAACCGAGAUUUUUUGAAGACUUUUAACUUAACUUAAAUUGUGAACCUGCUGUUUUUAGCAGAGUCUAACUUAUUCUGUCAAAUUUUAAAUAAAAAAAAACUGAAAACUAAACAAUCCUGAAUCCACGCUG